CGACGAAACACGUAAAGCCGUUCAUAAAAGUCUUUGUGAUGAUGUCACAGAUGAAGUCGCUCGCACACUUUGUAAUUCUCAAGAAAAAGACGGAUCAUUCACCCUACAUAAACAAAUUUCUGACCAUCUCAAAAUCAAUUCAAUCGAUAAUGCUGUUGAAUCUCUCAAACGUUAUGUUGGAAGUUUGUACUUGAGAAGUUGUGAUUCUCCUCUAUGGUGUACAGCUAUUACAGUCACGUAUUUAAAAACCGUAUUACCUGACUGUGAGAAAGAGUGGAAGCCUGCCUGUGAACGUGCAGAAACAUGGAUUUGUCAAAAAUGUAAAAGCCCUGAAGAGGAAAAAGAAUUGUAUGCUGCAUGCGACCAAUUCUUAAUUAAACAAGGUAUCAAAGUCCUUAAUGAAAAAAAUAGACAACCACGCCUUUCUAAAAGACGAUCAGUAGUUAAAGGAGAAACCAUUCAAGUUAUUACACUUGUGGCAGAUGAUGAAACUCGUAAAGCUGUGUAUGACUUCCUUCGUUCUCAAGCUAGCCCAGAUCAUCCUCGUACGCUUAUAACUUCUCAGGAAAAUGAUGGAUCAUUCCCACUUCACGCUUUAAUUUCUGAACAUCUUCAGAUCCCAGGAGUUUAUGUUGGUGAACCUAUUAAGCGCUACGUUCGCAGCCCAACUCUAAGAGGAUGCGAUGCCUCCGUUUGGAAUACAGCAUUUACAAUUACAUACUUUACUAUCGUGUUAGAUAAAUAUGAACCAGAGUGGCAGUCAGCACGCCAGCGUGCUUCAGCAUGGGUAUCCGAACAAAUAAAUGAUCCCGAAUUAGAAAAAGAAUUAUUCUCUGCAUGUGAGCAAUACUUGUUUGAAUUAGGCUUUGACCUCCUUAACAAUACCAAAGAAACAACCAGAUCUGUUGAUGUCCCACCCACUC